CAUUUAACUUGGGCAGCUGCAGCGUCGGACUCCGGCCAAUGGCAACGGCAGAUGAUUCGCCAGAGGAAAAACCAUCCCUGGAGCUGGACCGAGAAGAUGUCCAGCGUUUGAAGGAGAUCAUGCGUCCUGAUCCUGAUUGGAUUGCCUUCUCUUCCACUGAAGCGCGCUGGAUCAACUUCAAUGCGCAGAUGAGAGCAGUUUUUGGGCGAAGCCGAAGCUGCCGCUGUGAUGAAGAGAUGGUCAAUGCUUGGAUUGAUGACGCGAUGAGCGUGCUAUUCCACUGGAUCUCGAAACAGAUCAUUGUGACAGAAUCAAGGGCGGCUCUUUUCCGUUCACUGGGAAGAGGUUGGAUUUGGAUUCAGCUCUCCUCCUCAGGGGUUGGCAGGGAAGACAAAAGCAAGCUGCCCGAAGAGCAACGCACACGAUUCAAGUGGUGGUUUGAAAAUCUCAGCAGAGUUCUCAGGAAUCGGCAACACGACAUCCAGAAGCUGAAGUUGAAGGGUGACAUGCUGAAAAAAUACACCACCGGCUACAUGCCCAUGUCAGAGUUGGUUUUCCUCAUCUAUGGAAUCGCUCCCGCCAUGCCAAUCAUCGGCAUACAAAAGUGGUCACCUCACUACAAGGAAGUUGACCGCUGGGCAAAAGAUGACAUAGUGAAGAGAGCGGUGGAAAAGCCGUUGGCGUCUGAGGCGGAAAGGCAGGAAUAUGCAGCUCACGUGGAGCAACAGAAGACACGGAAACAGCGACAGAGAGAGCGGCAGAGGCUCAAGAAGCAGCAGCAAAACGAAUCACAGCAAGCCAGUUUGUCCAGACCUGCUCGGAUGGAGCAAUCCAACAUGGAAUUUGAAAGCUUGUUGGCAUCCCUUAAGAAGGAAGCUGGCUUGAUGCCUGGAGAGCACAGUGAGCCGGAACUGGCUGACCUUUCACUUCUUGAUGAGCACUUAGACGUCGACGACGGCGCAGCUGUCCACUGAUGCGCAAAAA